AUGAGUGUACCAGCACCCCGUAAGGCUGAUGCUGCCAUUGAUCCUAUUCUUCGAAGUGCUAGAGAAGACCGGUCAGAAAAGUUCGAUGUGCGGUAUCGCAAGUUCAACCCAAAUGCGUUAUUGAACGCAGCUGUUAGAUCUAUUAGUAACGAAAAGGGAUCUCUCGAUUACCCGAUCCUGGAUGUAUUUGCUGUUGACCCCUUAACCGAUGAGAGGCAUUGGGAGGGGAACAUCGGCACCGCGUGUAUUACAGCCCUAGGAUCAAACGAAAUUCUCUGGACUGAGACUUAUGCCAGGCCGCGAAUGAAUUAUCACUGGUCUAUGGAACAUCCAGAAGUUCCGGUCAAAACUCUAAAAAUGGCAAAAAAAGGCGGAGAAGAGUUUUUCCCUGAUUAA